AUGACUGGCUUCUCUGUUGAUCAUAUUGCUACUGGGCACGCUUGGACUGAAGGCUCAGGCAAGACUUGGAAACAAACUCAAACCGGAGCUGCUACUUUCCAAUGGGUACAAGAUGGAACAGGACGUGUUGCUCAUGGAGUUGCUGUUCAAUCCAAGAAGGAUAAGCAAUGGCAUGUUCAUAUUACUUUCGAUGGAAAUACUCAUUGGAAGCUCACCCCAAGUGCUGAUGGAAAUCAAUUGCAAGGACCAUCGGAUACCUUCACUCUUCACUCCUCUGGAGCAAAAUCUACCUUUGAAAAGAAGGACAAGAUUAAGCCAAAACUUGAAGGUGCUGAUUACACUGAAAACUCAGGAGCAGUUUGGCACGUGACUCAUCACAAGGGUGGUAAAUUUGAAAUGACCAAUCAGAGAGAUCAAAGAGUGUGCCACGGCACUGUUGGUAAAGAUCAACAAAAGAAUCACUUUGUGGUUUAUUUGGAAUUCCCUGGAAAUGUCACCAUGAGAGUUGAAACUGCAGAUUUGGCAACAUUGAAUUUACCUAAUGGUGAUGUCUUUAGAAGAACCAGUGAGGGAAAGAAGAAGGACAAGAAGGAAAAGAAGGACAAACAUUAA